CCCGGACAGGUGGUCAUUUGCAUUGACAACAUCUACUGGACACAGGAGGUUGCUGCUGCAAUCGAGUCUGGCAAAUUGGAGGAGUAUCACCAGAAGUCUGUAGACCAACUGACCGGCUUGGUGAACUUGGUGCGUGGUGACCUCUCCAAGCUGGGCAGGCAAACGCUGGGAGCGUUGGCCACCAUUGAUGUGCACAAUCGCGAUGUUGUUCACAGCCUGAAAGAUGCCAAAAUUUCAUCUUCCAAGGAAUUUGACUGGAUCGCACAAUUGCGAUACUACUGGCGUCAGAAGGGUUCCAUCACCCUCAAGGACACUGGGAAGGCAAGCACAGUGGACAAAUGCGAGGUCUCCAUCAUCAAUGCAACGUUGUACUAUGGCUUCGAAUACCUGGGGAACAGCGAUAGACUUGUGAUCACACCUUUGACAGAUCGGUGCUACCGUACGCUCAUGGGUGCCUUUCAUCUCUACUAUGGUGGCGGCCCAGAAGGUCCUGCCGGGACUGGCAAGACUGAGUCCACAAAGGACCUUGCGAAAGCAGUGGCAGUGCAGUGUGUUGUCUUCAACUGCUCAGAUGGUCUGGACUAUGUUGCAAUGGGCAAGUUCUUCAAGGGCAUUGCUUCCUCGGGAGCCUGGUGUUGCUUUGACGAGUUCAAUCGCAUCAACUUGGAGGUGCUUUCUGUGGUGUCGCAGCAGGUGCAAACGAUCCAAUUUGCUAUCCGGGACAAGAAGGACAUCUUCUACUUUGAGGACACGCAAAUUAAGCUGAUUCCAUCCUGUGCUGUGAACAUUACAAUGAAUCCAGGCUACGCGGGACGAUCAGAGCUGCCAGACAACCUGAAGGCACUUUUCCGUCCGUGCGCGAUGAUGGUUCCUGACUACGCCCUUAUUGGUGAGAUCGUCCUGUAUUCCAAUGGCUUUGAAGAUGCAAAGAACCUUGCUCGAAAGGCAGUCGGAAGCCUCCGGCUGAGCUCAGAGCAGCUGUCUUCGCAGGAGCACUACGAUUUUGGGAUGCGGGCCUUGAAAUCAAUUCUUGUGAGGGCGGGGGCACUUCGCCGGAUUUACGGAGCCACACGUGAAGAGCAAAUUUUGGCGCUCUCUGCGUUGAACGAUGUCAAUCUGCCAAAGUUCACCCGCAACGACAUUCCUCUGUUCCUGGGCAUCACUGGAGAUCUCUUCCCCGAGGUGGAGCUUCCUCCAUCAGACUAUGGAGUCUUGAUCAAUGAGCUGGAGGGCAGUGCUCGGAGCCUGAUACUGCAGCCAGAGGAAGGCUUUAUCAAGAAGUGUAUCCAACUCUGGGAGACAAUCAUGGUGCGUCAUGGAUUGAUGCUUGUUGGCCAAACUGUGUCUGGCAAGACAGAGGUGGAAAAUGUGCUGGCUGCUGCACUCGGGGCUGUGGCAGAUGGAGAGAACUAUUUGCCGGUGCAGAUCCACAAGAUCAACCCCAAAUCCAUCAAACAGGGGCAACUUUAUGGCGAAAACGAUGAGGGAACUCAAGAAUGGACGGAUGGAAUCCUUGCCCUCACCGUCCGGUAUGCAUCGUCGGCUGAGCAGACCAAGCGCCAGUGGAUCCUGCUGGAUGGGCCUGUUGAUGCAGUUUGGGUGGAGAAUCUGAACACCGUGCUGGAUGACAACAAAAAGCUUUGUUUAAACAGUGGCGAGAUCAUCAAGCUGACGCCGGUGACGACCAUGAUGUUCGAGGUAGAAGACUUGGCUGUGGCAUCACCAGCAACAGUCUCUCGGUGCGGCAUGGUGUUCCUCGAGCAGCAAGACAUUGGUUGGCAGGUGCUGAUGCUCUCUUGGUGCGAGCGUUUGCCCGAUCGGCUCAAAGAUCAGAGCCCCCUGCUGCAGGAAAUUAUGGAAUACUCGGUGGAGAGCUCGUGGGAAAUGGUGUCUCGCAAAGCCCAGACCUUAGCACGUCCCUUCGCUCGGUACUGA